GCGCCCCGGGGCUCGGACACACCGACGGGGCUCCCUCUUCCUCCCGAGGGCGGCGAGGACCGGGGGAACCCGCAGCCCUUUUCAACCGCCGCCAUCCGAAGAGACGACCCCAGACGACCUCCCUCACGGCUCCGGCCCGCCACGGCGUCCAGGGGACGGCGGCAGUACCGCGCCCCGCCGCGCCGCCCUGGUCUGUCCCCGCCGCGGCGGAAGCGGCGCCGCUCCCGCUCCUCUCCAUCGCUCGCUCUCUUUGGCGAAGCCGCCCCGCAGGGCUCGCCGCCGCUGUUCUGGCCGCUGCCGGCCGCCGUCGCGGCGCUACUGCGCGCGCGGGGCUGGAGGCGGGGCGGCGGUGGCCGUCAUGGCGGAUCCCAGCUGAGGCGGCGGUGCUGGUGCUGCGCUUGGCGGAGGAUUAUUGUCCAAGAGGAUUUAGACCUUUCUUAAAAAGAUGCCUGCUGCCUGUGAUUCAGCGCUUGAAGAUAUUGAAGAUAUUGUGUCAGCAGAAGAUUUGAAGCCACAUGAUCGGCAGUUUGUAAGAAAGAAUGUUUUUCCAAAAGUGCGAAAACGCAAUUCACAAAAAAAUAUUCAGGCAGAUGAUGAUCCCCCAAGUGACAGCAUUAUUCCUGGUGUUCAGAAAAUCUGGAUUCGUACAUGGGGAUGUUCUCACAAUAAUUCAGAUGGUGAAUAUAUGGCUGGACAGCUGGCUGCAUAUGGAUACAAAAUUACAGACAACUCUGCUGAAGCAGAUUUAUGGUUGCUGAACAGUUGUACAGUAAAAAAUCCUGCUGAGGACCACUUCAGAAACUCAAUCAAGAAAGCUCAAGAAGGGAAGAAGAAAGUGGUUCUAGCAGGCUGUGUGCCACAAGCCCAACCUCGUCAGGACUACCUGAAAGGCUUGAGCAUUAUAGGGGUUCAGCAGAUAGAUCGUGUAGUAGAAGUUGUGGAGGAAACUAUUAAAGGUCAUUCUGUGAGACUGCUGGGUCAGAAAAAGGAUAAUGGGAAGCGUUUGGGGGGAGCACGACUGGAUUUGCCAAAGAUUAGGAAGAAUCCACUGAUAGAAAUCAUUUCCAUCAAUACAGGGUGUCUCAAUGCAUGUACCUACUGCAAAACUAAGCAUGCCAGAGGAGAUCUAGCAAGUUACCCUAUUGAAGAACUAGUGGACAGAGCCAAACAGUCUUUUCAAGAGGGUGUUUGUGAGAUAUGGCUGACCAGUGAAGACACAGGGGCUUAUGGCAGAGACAUUGGCACAGACCUCCCUACGCUUCUGUGGAAGCUGGUUGAAGCUAUUCCUGAGGGAGCUAUGCUGAGGCUUGGCAUGACAAACCCUCCCUAUAUUUUAGAGCAUCUGGAGGAAAUGGCAAAGAUUCUCAAUCAUCCAAGAGUAUAUGCUUUUCUGCACAUACCGGUCCAGUCAGCCUCUGACAGCGUGCUCAUGGACAUGAAAAGAGAAUACUGCGUGGCAGACUUCAAACAAGUAGUGGAUUUCCUUAAAGAAAAAGUGCCUGGAAUAACAAUUGCUACAGACAUCAUCUGUGGUUUUCCAGGAGAGACAGAUGAAGAUUUUCAAGAAACAAUGAAACUUGUAGAACAGUACAGGUUUCCAAGCUUGUUUAUUAAUCAAUUUUACCCACGCCCAGGAACCCCGGCUGCAAAAUUACAUCAAGUUCCAGCUGCAGUGAAAAAACAGAGAACAAAGGAUCUGUCCCAGCUGUUUCAUUCAUACAAUCCAUAUGAUCAUAAGGUUGGUGAGAGGCAGAGAGUUCUGGUAACAGAAGAAUCCUUUGAUUCCAAUUACUAUGUUGCUCACAAUCCUUUCUAUGAGCAGGUUCUUGUGCCAAAGGAUCCUCUGUUAAUGGGUAAGAUGGUAGAAGUGAAUAUUUAUGAAGCUGGAAAACAUUUUAUGAAGGGGCAACCAGUGUCAGAUGCCAGAGUUUACACUGCAUCCAUCACCAGACCGUUAGCAAAAGGAGAAGUUUCUGGUUUAACAGAGUUAAAAGUCUGCAUAUUCUGGAGGGAUCUUGGUGCUUGCAGUCAGGUUGAGGAUGGUAAUGGCAGGCACAGCAGGGAGUUUGGAUUCAAUAUGCUGAAUGAGAAGGAGUUCAGACACGCACCACAGAAAGGCACAAACUGGAAAGCGCACCCUUCUGCUGAGGUCCCAGUGAAAACACCGCUCAGCUCGUGGAUGGCUUUGCAGCUCCCAUGGCAACAAGAAGGAGGUGGACUGAAGAUAUUAUCUGUCAGCCUGGCUCUACUGGCAGUUCUUGUUAUGUUUUACUACGGAGGAAUGAAAAUAGAACUGUGAACUGUACAAGGCUUUUAUGAAAACAAUAGAACUGCUGUUUAAAAGCUUCAAAGGAAAUAUUUUUACCAACAAUUCUUUUUUUAAAAAAAAAAAUAAGCUAAUAUGAAUUGGGCAAUAAUUUGUACUCACCCUAUGCCUUUCCUGUCAUUCAUAGGAGAGAAUGUUAAUAAGCUCUAGGACAAGUCUCUUGCAAAAGUUUGAGAUUCUUGGUUGACAGAAGACUUUGCUGCAUCUUUCCUCUUCUUUUUUUCUGAAAUGAUGCAAUGUUUGUAUUGCUAACUCUUUUCAAAACUGCUGUAGCAGGUAAAAUUGCAUGCAGGAAACUCAUGAAAAGAAAUCUUUCUACUGAGUGGUGUUCUAUUGAGUAAUAUUUUAUGGACAGAACAUCUAAGGCUUCCUUAAAGAUUUUGCUUAAUGCCGUGUGGUGGUUUGAUAUUUGUCUUUUUACGUUAGAAUCAAACACUGCUUGGCUAUUAAAGUUUGUCAUUUGUUGCUAUUGA